AUGAUGGUGGCCACCACUACCACCACCGCGCCCUUGAGCGAACGCGUGGCCCUGACGCUCAUCACCGUUCUCACGCAGGACUGCUUCCUAAGUCUGGUCGAGUGUUUCCUCUGCUUCGGUGCGGUGCGCCUGGACCACAGCGUGCGCCAGGACAGUGUCGACGGGCUCAUCGACGCGGUCUCGAGCAAGGACAACAAAGGGCACAACAUGGACUACGCGCACUCGCACUCGGCAAGCCCGACGGACUGA